AAUUUCCAGCAAACACUGGGAGUGCCGAUCCCUCCGUUGCAGGCGUUCUAAGGGCCACGCUUGAGAGCAGUUGAGGCUAUUCCCGCGUCGUCUAGAGCCACAAGGUUCCAGCUUACGGCAGCUUGACAUAAGGGGUUUGACGUGAUCGGCUCCAAUGCAUGUCUCGUGAUCAGAUAACUUUCCAGAUACUGAUCCUGACCGAUCCUGACCGAUCCUGACCGAUACUGGCUGCAAGCUGCAGAAUAGUGGCCAUUUCCCCUCAAUCCACAAUGGCGAAACGCACUCAAUUAGUCGCGAUCUUCCUUCUCUUCCUAUUGGCAACGACCGCUACCACGGUCAGCGCAAAGAAGAAGAAAAAAACAAAGGCUGCAGAAGAAUCCCCCGCUGCAGUAGAUUCUCCCUCUGCAGAGGAUGCAUCUCCAGCCUCAGACGAUACCAAGCCAGCAGCUUCUGAAGAGAAAUCAUCGCCCGCCGCGGAAGAAGCAGCCGAGUCCGCCGGCGAGGGGGAAGCGGCGGAAGCUAAGGCUUCCGCGGACGAAGGGGGAAAGGCGGAAGGCGGAGAGGCGGAAGCAGCUCCCGCAGCGGAAGAGUCGGUGAAAGAGGAGAAGGAGGGGGAGGGGGAGGAUACCACUGGGGAUGACGCCGCUGCUGCUGGUGCUGCCGAGGACCCUCCGCCAGGGAGCCAGCUGGAGCAGGAUAUUAUCAAGGCGGAGAAGAAGGCCGGAGACAUAUUCCCCGCUGGGGCGUGCAAGGCGGAGAUCAAGCUGUUCUGCGAGGGCGUGGAUGUGGGCAAUAGGAGUCUCGAGCGCUGCCUCUCGGAGAGCUUCAAGCUCUCCAAGGCCGCUGACGCCUCUGCUGAUAAGAAAUUCGGCAAGAAAUGCCUCAAGGCUAUUCGCCGGUUCAAGAUUGAGGUCUACAAGGACAUCUCAAUCGACAAGGAAAUGAUGGAGGCGUGCAAGGACGACAUCUCAUCACUCUGUGACGACGACUUCCUCUACCCCGAGGUCGGCAGCGUCCUCGCUUGCCUCAGGGAGGCCAAGUCAGGUGGCAAGGUGUCGGAGGCGUGCGGGCAGAAGGUGUUUGAGGCGCAGAUGGACGCGGCGAACGACUUUGCUCUGGACCCUCAGCUGAACGAGACUUGCUCGGGAGACGUGAAGCGGCUGUGCGCUGACGUCCCCACUGGGGAGGGCCGCGUGCAGGACUGCCUGAGGGAUCACCGGAACAGCCUCAACUGGGAGUGUCUGGCAGAGCUCUUCCGCCAGGAGAUCGAGAGCUCAGAGGACAUCCGCCUCAACACGCGCCUCUUCAAAGCCUGCCUGGAGGACAAGCGGCGCUUCUGCCCCGAUGUGCUGCCAGGGGACGCCCGAGUGAAGGACUGCCUGGAGUUGCACCUCCUGGACUCGGACUUCUCCAAGACUUGCAAGGUGGAGUUUGAGCGCAUGAUGGAGCGCAGGGCGUCUGACUUCCGCCUGGACUUCAACCUGCGCAAGUACUGCGCCGAGGACAUCAGCACGACGUGCUACCAAGACGCUGAAGAUGUGGCAGACGUGACCAACAGGGACGCCAAGGUGAUCGAGUGCCUGCAGGACUACCGGGGCGAGCUCAAGGACCCGCGGUGCCGGCAGCAGGUGCACCAGCUUACCAAGCGCGCAUCGGAGGACAUUCGGUUCAACCGGCCGCUCGCUCAGGCGUGCAAGGAUGACUCUGCCAAGCUGUGCAAGGACGUGCCACCAGGCCAUGCCCGCGUGCUGCUGUGCCUGCAGGAGCACAGGAAGGGCCUCACUGGCCCCUGCAAGGAGGCGCUGUUCCAAGAGGAGGUGCGGUUUGCUGAGGACAUCGACUUCAAGUUCCCGCUCAGGCAGGCGUGCACCGAUGAGAUGCAGCGGCUGUGCAAAGACCAGCCGGACACGAUCAAGUGUCUGCAGGACAAGGUGGAGGAUGCUGACAUGGGCAAGGCGUGCAGGGACGAGGUGAAGAAGGACGUGCAACGCGCAGCAGAGGACUACCGCCUCAACUUCCGGCUCAACAGGGAGUGCUUCAGCGACGUGCAGCACCUCUGCAUUCACUCGUGCGACGCGGCACUUGAGAGUGGCGGCACAGAGACAGGCGUCACGUGCGGAGGGGCGACGCUCAAGUGCCUCACUGAGAACGAGAGGAAGCUCAGCUCCAAGACGUGCCGGCAGGAGCUGUUCUACUUCAAGAAGAGAAUGGUGGCUGAUAUCUCGCUGGACAUCCCCUUGCAGAUGGCGUGCAAAACCGAUGUGGAGAAGAAGUGUGGAGGCGAGAGGGACCACUCCAAGGCGCUGGCGUGCUUGCGAGGGAAGAGGGACGAGCUGACUGAGGAGUGCAAGGAGGAGGAGCUCAGGCUUAGCGAGAUGGAGGCAUCGGACAUCCGCCUUACCCCCACCCUGAUGAACGCGUGCGGCUUGGAGCUCAACCACUUCUGCCGCGGCGUGCAGCCCACCGCUGGGCUGGCCUUCCGGUGCCUGCAGAUGAGCAUCAACGAGGUCGGCAUGUCAGUGGCAUGCAAGGCCGAGGUCGAUCUGCAGACCUUCCGCCAGUCGUCCUACUACAAGCUCGACGCGGCCCUGGCAGAGCAGUGCCAGGGCGACGUGGACGCGCUCUGCCGGGGGAUAGACGAAGGCAAGGAGGGCCACUCGCUCGUGCUGCAGUGCCUUGUGGACCACCAGGCGAACCUCACCGGGCGAUGCCUGACUGAGACUGCCUAUGCAGUGCGGAUGGCCCUGUGGAUGUACCACCGAGAGGCAGAUCUAGUGAAGCCGUGUAACGCAGUGGUUGACUCGCUCUGUGCAAACCGCACUGGAGCGGGGGGAGCAGGGAGUGCUGGGAAGGCGGAGGAAGGGGUGGGGGAAGCGGGGCUGGUGGGGCAGUGUUUGUUGGAGCAGCCGAGGGAGAAGCUGGGGGAGGAGUGUGGGCGGUUGGUGGGGCUGUUGGGGCAGCAGGGCGGGCAUGUGGGCGGGGUGAUUGACACGAGUCAGCUGGAAGAGACGCUGGCGCGGCUGGCCCAGGUACAGCUGCAGGCACAGUUCAAGCCGGAAGGGGAGUCAGACACAGAGGAGGGAGGGGGAGGGGGAGGAGGGAAGCUGGUGCUGACAGGCGUUACGGCCUUUGUGGCGGUUACCGCACUAACAGCGGUGCUGCUGGGAGCUGGGUACUUUGUGUAUCGCAAGUGCUUCGACCCGACCAGGAACUACACUCUCAUGGUCAAGGCUGGUGACGUUUGAAACGGUGCUACUUAUAAAGGGGAUACAGUCUUGGACAUGCAGUGGAGGAAAACACAAGUUCCUGCUGAAUCUAUGAGAGCUCUGCAGGCAAUCAACAGCUGACGUGUAGAGAAGUUGGAAUGUUGUGAAUGCAGACUGGAUUGUAGUCUGUAGAUGUAAGAUUGCUGGAAGAGCAAGUGAAUUCGCAACAGCCACGCGACUGCCUCCUUCGUUGUACCACCUUGUAGCUUCUAACAUACCAGUAUUGAUG